CUCGCUCAGCCCCGCCUCUGGCUGAGUCCGUUCCCGUGUUCCUCCCCCCAGCUUCACUUCCGGCGGAAGCUGAGCGUCCGUCCCCUUCUUCCUUCCUCCACCGCCGCCAACCGCGCUUCCGGCGGUAGAUGGUGUUCUAAUGAAAAUAAAGAACUACAGCUAUAUCCAGCAAGCACUAGACUUGUGAAAUUUGUUUUCUGUUGUCUUUAAAAGACACACAGUUUCAGCACCACAUGAGGGAUCAUGAGCGAAAUGACAAGCCUCAUCGAUGUGACCAGUGUCCAAUGUCAUUUAAUGUUGAGUUCAACCUCACACUGCAUAAAUGCAUUCACAAUGGAGAAGAUCCUACUUGUCCUGUUUGCAACAAAAAAUUUUCCAGAGUGGCAAGUCUUAAAGCUCAUAUUAUGCUUCAUGAAAAGGAAGAGAAUCUUAUCUGUUCAGAGUGUGGAGAUGAAUUUACUUUGCAGAGCCAGUUGGCUCUGCAUAUGGAAGAACAUCGUCAAGAGUUGUCCGGAAGUAAAACCCACGUCUGUAAAAACUGUAAGAAAGAGGUUGAAACUUCUUCCCAGCUAAAGGAACAUAUGAAAACACAUUACAGAAUCAGGGUAUCAAAUAACAGGUCAUAUAACAGAAAUAUUGACAGAAGUGGGUUUACAUAUUCAUGUCCACACUGUGGGAAGACUUUCCAGAAACCAAGUCAGUUAACACGACAUGUUCGUAUACAUACAGGUGAAAGGCCAUUUAAAUGUAGUGAAUGUGGGAAAGCAUUUAAUCAGAAGGGAGCUUUGCAAACCCAUAUGAUUAAACACACUGGCGAAAAACCCCAUGCCUGUGCCUUUUGUCCUGCAGCCUUUUCUCAGAAAGGCAAUCUUCAGUCACAUGUUCAGAGAGUACAUUCAGAAGUGAAGAAUGGUCCUACAUAUAACUGUACAGAGUGCAGUUGUAUCUUCAAAAGCUUAGGCAGCUUAAACACUCAUAUCAGCAAGAUGCAUAUGAGUAGUACACAAAACAUAACAAGUUCUACAACGGAAACAUCGCAUAUUACAACGGAUAGUGUGGCUCAGCCUCUGACAUUAUCAACAGUUAAUUUGUUGCAGCCUGUUGAUAAUAAAUGGAAAAAUACAGAAAAUCCAGUAACGUCAGUUGCAGGACAUCAAGGUCAACAGUCUGUCACUGAUGUUAUUCAACAGCUCCUUGAAUUGUCAGAGCCAGUGGAAAAUAAUCAAUCCCAGCAACCUAGUCAACAACUCAGUAUGGCUGUAGGAAUCAACAGAGACAUUUUGCAGCAAGCCUUGGAAAAUAGUGGGCUCUCUUCAAUCCCCGUUUCAGUGAAUGCUGACAACAGUGAAAGUAAGACUUCUCAAACGCAGGAUGAAAAUACAGAUGUUCAGAAUCUGACCAGUCAUCAAGUCGAUUCUGGUAAUAUGGAACAAAUCAAAGAGCAAGAAAAACCAGAUAAAGUGGAUAAAAAAGAGAAAAGGGUUCUGAAGAAAAAGUCUCAAUUUUUACCUGGUUCCAUACGUGAAGAGAAUGGAAUACGGUGGCAUAUUUGCCCAUAUUGUGCUAAAGAAUUUAAAAAACCCAGUGAUUUAGUCCGACACAUUCGUAUUCACACACAUGAAAAGCCAUUUAAAUGUCCACAGUGUUUCCGGGCCUUUGCUGUAAAGAGUACUCUCACAGCACACAUAAAGACACACACCGGAAUUAAGGCUUUUAAGUGUCAAUACUGUAUGAAGUGCUUUUCUACCUCAGGAAGUUUAAAAGUGCAUAUUCGUUUGCAUACAGGGAUUAGGCCUUUCGCUUGCCCCCACUGUGAUAAAAAGUUUCGAACUUCAGGUCACAGAAAGACGCACAUCACGUCUCACUUUAAACACACUGAACUAAGAAAAAUGAGACAUCAACGUAAACCUGCAAAAAUUCGAAUAGGGAAGACCAGUGUGCCAGUACCUGAUAUUCCUUUGCAAGAACCUAUCCUCAUCACAGAUUUAGGUCUUAUCCAGCCAAUCCCAAGGAAUAGCCAAUUCUUCCAAAAUUAUUUCAAUAACAAUUUUGUGAAUGAGGCAGACAGGCCAUACAAAUGUUAUUACUGUCAUAGAGCUUACAAAAAAUCAUGCCAUCUUAAACAACAUAUCCGAUCACAUACUGGUGAGAAACCAUUCAAAUGUUCCCAGUGUGGAAGAGGUUUUGUGUCUGCCGGAGUGCUGAAAGCACAUAUUCGAACCCACACUGGAUUAAAAGCUUUCAAGUGUCUCAUAUGCAACGGCGCUUUUACAACUGGUGGGAGUCUGCGGAGGCAUAUGGGUAUCCAUAAUGACCUUCGGCCAUAUAUGUGCCCAUAUUGUCAAAAAACAUUCAAAACCUCAUUAAACUGCAAAAAACACAUGAAAACACAUAGAUAUGAGCUUGCACAACAGCUGCAGCAGCAUCAGCAGGCUGCUUCAAUCGAUGAUACAACAGUAGAUCAACAGAGCAUUCAUGUUUCCACUCAGAUGCAAGUGGAGAUUGAAAGUGAAGACCUACAGCAAACUGAAGGUGUCACAACAGACCAAGAAGCUAUUUUAGACUUAGACCAACAACAGGUUGUAGACACAGAAGAACCAGAAUUGAGGCCACAGUUGACUGACCAACCAUUAAAUCAAGAUGAAGACAGAUUUGUGACAUCCCAGCAUACACUUCAAGAGAAUAUAAAUCAGUUUGCACAGCAAACCGUAGCACAGCAAUCAUUUGAUCAGCAAGCUUUAUCGCAAGGUUUUACAGUUAAUGAUGGCUACAGUCAGACAAAUCAGUUUCCAGCAGUACAGCAACUUCAGGAUUCAAGCACCCUUGAAUCCCAAGCUCUUUCAACAAGUUACCAUCAACCAAAUCUUCUUCAUGUUCCUGCACCAGAUGCUAUUAGUGUAACUACCCGCCUAAUUCAAGAUCAGUCACAUGAACUUGAGUUGCAUACUGAACGCUCCCAGUUUCUGGAAGAUAAUGAAGAUCAGAGCAAGCGUUCUUACAGAUGUGAGUAUUGUAAUAAGGGUUUCAAGAAGUCCAGCCACUUGAAGCAGCAUGUACGUUCGCACACUGGGGAGAAGCCUUAUAAAUGUCAGCUGUGUGGCCGAGGAUUCGUGUCUUCUGGAGUUCUUAAAUCUCAUGAGAAGACACAUACAGGAGUUAAAGCAUUUAGUUGCAGUAUUUGCAACACAUCCUUCACUACAAAUGGAAGUCUUACUAGACAUAUGGCAACACAUAUGAGCAUGAAACCAUAUAAAUGUCCAUUUUGUGAUGAAAGUUUUAGAACGACAGUUCACUGUAAGAAGCACAUGAAAAAACAUCAAACUGUGUCUUCAACAGCAACAUCAGCUGGAGAAUCAGCAACAGGAGAAGAAGAAGAAGAGACCUCUGAAAGGUCUACCUCUAGAAAAUCUAGGCCUGGUGUCAUCACUUUCACAGAAGAGGAAACAGCUGAACUUGCAAAAAUCAGACCCCAAGAAAGUGCAACUGUCUCUGAAAAGGUUCUUGUCCAGUCUGCUGCAGAAAAAGACAGAAUUAGUGAAAUCAAAGACAAGCAAGCAGAAAUGGAAGCUGAGCCAAAAUAUGCCAACUGCUGUACUUACUGCCCCAAAAGCUUUAAAAAACCUAGUGACUUAGUAAGGCAUGUGCGUAUCCAUACAGGAGAAAAGCCUUACAAAUGUGAUGAAUGUGGGAAGAGUUUUACUGUAAAGUCUACUUUGGAUUGUCAUGUAAAAACGCACACAGGUCAGAAACUCUUUAGUUGCCAUGUAUGCAGCAAUUCAUUUUCUACAAAAGGUAGUCUGAAAGUGCAUAUGCGCCUGCAUACUGGAGCAAAGCCUUUUAAAUGUCCUCACUGUGACUUAAGGUUUCGAACAUCUGGACGCAGGAAGACACACAUACAAUGUCACUUUAAACCAGAGUCAAAGAAGGUCAGGAAGCCUGCGUCUCGUACACCAACUGAGGGCCUACAACCAGUAAAUCUUCUCAAUUCAUCCUCAACAGAUCCAAAUGUUUUCAUCAUGAAUAACUCUGUUCUAACAGGCCAGUUUGAUCAGAAUUUGCUCCAGCAAGGUCUUGUUGGCCAGGCUAUACUUCCUGCUUCUAUGUCAGCUGGAGGUGAUUUAACUGUAUCCUUGACAGAUGGUAGUUUGGCAACUCUUGAAGGAAUACAGUUACAGCUUGCUGCCAACUUGGUUGGACCAAAUGUUCAAAUUUCUGGAAUAGAUCCUACAACCAUUAACAACAUUACAUUACAGAUUGAUCCUAGUCUUUUACAGCAAACACUGCAACAGGGUAAUGUACUUACCCAGCAGCUAACCGGGGAUCCUAGUUUGGCUUCUCAGAACACUUCCCUCCAGACAGUAGAUAGUUCAGUGCCUGCAAAUGUGGUAAUACAGCCCUUGUCCAGCUUAUCCUUACAGCCUACUGUUACCUCUUCAGCUAAUAUGACAAUAGGGGCUAUGUCUGAGCAGGAAUCUGUAUUGACUACUAGUGCUACUGGGCCACAGGAUCUCUCUCAGGUCAUGACUUCACAGGGUAUGGUAUCAACUUCAAAUGGUCAGCAUGAGAUUACACUGACAAUAAAUAAUUCAAGUCUUAGUCAUGUUUUAGCUCAUGCCUCUACUUCAACAACUACAAAUUCAUCAGGAACACCUCAAGAAAUUACCCUUACUAUAUCUGGCCAAGACCUUAUUCAGCAUAAUUCCUCUGGAGGCAAUGAACUGAAUGGGAAUUUGCAGUUGGCAACACCAACUAUCAGCAAUCAAUCAACAGGUGCUACAUUAACUAUAAAUAAUGAUCAGCUCCUCUCUCAAAGCCCAACACUGAGCAGUGCUUCAGAACUUAAUACAUCAAGUGGGAACCUUCCUUCAACACCACCCCUGUCACAGCCUGCUCAGAAUUUAGUAAUGUCAUCAUCAGGAGUAGGAGGAGAUGGUAGUGUCACAUUGACUUUGGCUGAUACUCAGAGUAUGUUAUCUGCUGGUCUUGAUGCAGUAACACUUAACAUCACAUCACAGGGCCAGCAAUUCCCUGCUUUACUCACAGACUCAAGUCUCUCUGGACAGAACAGUUCCAGCUCACAGCAAGUUAUACUAGUGAGUCAUACUCCACAUUCAAUAAGUGCAAACCAGGAUGAUUUAACAUAUCAGGUGAGUGAAGUUUCUCCAAAUCUUUCUAAAGGCAUCCAAGCUGAAAAGGAGACCCGUGUGCAUCAGUGUUUUGAAUGUAGUCAGACAUUUUCUUCAGCUGCAAUGCUAAUGCAACACAGCAAAGAAGUUCAUGGAAAGGAAAGAAUCCAUGUUUGUCAUAUUUGUAAUAAAGCAUUCAAGAGAGCAACACAUCUUAAGGAGCAUAUGCAGACACAUAAGGCUGGACCAUCAGUAAGUUCCCAAAAGCCAAGAGUAUUUAAAUGUGAUACUUGUGAAAAAGCUUUUGCUAAGCCAAGUCAAUUGGAAAGACACAGCCGCAUUCAUACAGGUGAACGACCAUUCCAAUGUACACUGUGUGAAAAAGCCUUUAACCAGAAGAGUGCACUACAAGUUCAUAUGAAAAAACACACAGGAGAAAGACCAUACAAGUGUGAUUAUUGUGCAAUGGGAUUCACCCAAAAAAGCAACAUGAAGCUUCAUAUGAAGCGAACCCACGGCUAUUCCAGCACCAUACAAGAAUCCACCAGCCAUGAAGGUCAGGAAGGUGAGGACAUCAAUCGUGCACUGAACUUGGAAGAGGUUGUUCAAGAAUCUUCAAAUGAAUGGCAGAGUAUAACCAAUAUUUUUUGAUGACUGCUAAUAUGAAAGCUUGAUAUGCUUUCAGGACUAGAUUUUUUUCUACAAAUAGUCAUCUGUGCAUUUUUACUAUUAAAAUGUAACAUUGAAAAUAAUAAGACAGUAUAGCUUUUUAAAUAUCACAGAAACACCUUAAGAAUGAAUUAUCUUUUGUAAGCCUGUACAAUAUUGGAGAAACACUAGAUAAACCUUGCUAUAUUGUCUGUGAUCAGUGAUCUCAGGUACAUUGAAAUUGUUCAUGUUUUGAAUCCACCAUAAGUGUAUUCACUUAAAAACAAACAAACCAACAGACACUCCCAUACACUUGAAGAGUGGUUAGAAGGUGGGCCACAUGGAGGUUCUGCCAAUCAUGUCUUAAUUGUUUGAAUUAUUAGCUCAACAUUCAGUAGAUGAAUUGUAGAAUUGAGGUUGCAAUGCACAUAGCAGGCAAUAUCCAACAUGAUUGCUGGAAGCUGCUUCUACCAGUGAAAGCAGAAAGAGGACAAUCGUCCCUCAUGCCCUAUAAACUUGCUCUGGCAUUGGUUUUGGCAUCGGAGAGGCACUAUGUGUCUAGAAUACUGCUGCCAUUGCAGGCAUCGUUCUGGAUUUAGUCCCUAUUUUGGUAUUUUAGGCGCAGUACAGAGCACCAGGAAGAGGCGGCCAGGAGCCACGUCUCUUUGCUAUGUCCUGCGCUGCAGCAACCAAAUUGUGCGGCACGGCUAUGCAAAAAAAGACCACUAAAAAGUGGCUUCUUUUUGUGCUGCUGCAAACAGCUGGUGGCGCACAUGAGCACAUCGCUGCUGCGCAGCUCCAUCUGGAGUCCACACAGCAGUGGCAUCAUCGCUGUGUGCACCGUCUAUUCAGCACCACGCAGCGAGGACACCCUCAUCAUGUGCGAGGGGCGAGUGGAGUGUGGGCAGGACACCCUUCGCAUGUGACAAGGGUGUCCUUCGGGGCCCGUCUGUACCGGGCCUCAGAUCAUGAAUGGGUGUUGCUGACAUGUCAAACUGAUGGGAAAUAUUCAUUAUACUGAGUGACUUUUACAUAUUAUAAUUGAUCAACAAUACAUGCACAGUUUCAAAUUCAGCAAUAAUUCUAAGAAGCUCAUUUAACUGAACAGCAGAUACAUAUACAGUUGUCUCUUGCUGUCUGCGAGGGAUCCAUUCCAAACCCCCCUGCGGAUAGCAAAAAACACAGGACCUUAAAUCCAGUUCUUUGCAAUGAGUGCAUUGAAAAAGCCAUGGCGUGCUGUCCAAGGAAGCUCAAACUGUGGAUGGCAAGCCCACAGUUGGUGCAGGUGCACUGUAUCUGUAUAGGUCUUACAUCUAAGAAACUUUAGCCAGAUAUCUGAUAACCAUAAGCCAUAUUAAAAAAAAAUUGUUAGGAUUUUUAAAACUGUCAGACCACCUGAGCUGCACCACAAGUUGCAUAACAUAAGUUGGUCCUUAAAAACAAAAAAACAAAUGAACAAUUUCUUGCAGAAGGUCCCAAAUUUAUAAAACCCCAUGUUUGAUUGCCAUUCAUCCUGAGAGCUUUUAAUUUAAAAAAAAAACUACCUAGGCUUUUUAGUAUUAUUCUGAAAGGUCCUAAAGUGCAUAUUCAUAUCAGAAAAGAAACCCACACUGGAAUAAAGCAUAUGUUCUGUUUUAGACAUUCCAAAGACAGAAGAAACUUGCUUAAUUUUAUUUUGAUUUUAAAAAUAUCUUUAUAUGUUAUAUAUAUGUGUGUAUGUAUAUAUACAGAUAUUUAAGCCUCUGUGUGGCUGAUGAGUAUAUUUUGUAAAUAACAACCUGAGUUACAAGAAGUGUUCAUAAAGUUUGCAACUUUGGAUGAACACUUCAAAUCAGUAUUGAUUCAUUUUAUUGUAUGUAGACAUGUUAUGACUUUAUGAAAAUAAUUGUUUUUUAUUUCCCUCUGGUUCCAGAAAUAAGCUAUCUGUACAUAUAAUUUAUAUUUUGUGUAUUAUAAAGCUAGUAAUUUCUAUUUCCUGAAGGAGAAAAAAAUCACUGCUUUUGAUAGGACAUCUCAUAAUUGUUUUGUUAACUAUGGACAUAUGUAUAUAAGUAAUAUAGCUGUUGACUUGAAAAUAAUACUUUUGUUAUGUGGAAAUAUUUAAGUCAGACAUAUGUUAAAUAAUAUUAAUUUUUUCCAAA